GCAGGCGCGAGUUGCGAAGUUGCGGUACGGUGUGUACUUGCGUGUGCCUGAGAAGUUCAUUUUAAUGCGAAGAAGUUUUACAUGUGUAGGCGUAGUAUUCUAUGUGUCAAGCUUUGGCUGCUCUGCGUCGUCGUGCUGGCGUUUAUUUGGCGCUAUUCUAGAAAAAACGGCGAACGUGCUUCAGUAUGUUGGGAGGACGUGACGAAUGCGGAGAGGUUGUCGUGCAGGCUUGUGUGUCCCAACGGCACCUUUGCACUGCGCGGGAUGUCUGACUGUCAAGAUCUUUUGUCUUGCAAGGAUAUAAAACAUGAAGUCCAUGUACUCGACUUGCUAGCAUCCGGCACUGUAAAAAAUGUAUACGUUGCGAAAUGGAAGCAUCACAUUGUGGCCCUGUCAAAUUUGACUGAAACUCGGCUUGCGUCGGACUUUCAGCACAAUAUACAGAUGUACCAACUUUUGGGCAACGCUGAUUAUACAGCUCAAUAUAUUGGAUCCUGUAACGACACACUUGUCACAGAGUACUUUACUCUUGGUUCUGCAGCAGAGCUGCACAGCCUUUUCAACACAAAACUUAUUAGGUACAACACCCUGUCACGACGCUUUUCCCUAUGCCUCAGCUACGUUGCCAUCCUGAAGUAUCUCCAUGCUCACAAUCGUAUUAUGUGUGACUCAAACACCUUGUUGAAGACCCUGUCACAAUAUUUGAUUUACCCUGACUUGACUUUACGACUCAAUGACAUGGACGCCCUGCCAUAUGCCACUCUUACUGAAAUGGCUGCCUGUGGUUCACCACCAUUGCAAGGGGAACUGCUGGCACCAGAACAGCGAGGAGCUUUGCUACACGAAUCGCUCUGCACAACAGCAUGCGACAUUUGGAAAAUUCCAGAUGUCUGUUUGUGGUUUCUGGGAAAGAAUAGCGAAGCUGAAAGCUUUAAGUUUCAUCUGUUUUCAAUUCAUCGUCGGUGCAAACUGCAUCAGCCAGAGGAGCGCCCCAGUGCAGAGGAAGUUCUGAAAGACUAUCAGAGGGUUUGGCAAGAGUGGAUGCGAGGUCUUUAAAUUGAACUAUGAUAUUUCACAGUCGCAGCACAUCAACACCUUCAGUACUUUGAUGCAUUUUGAGACCUCUAAUCUUUGCAUAGGUGCAUGCUGAGCUGAAUACAGGACUAUGUCACAGACAUGGUGUACAGCUGUUCAGCAACUGUCAAUUAGGAAUUUUUUGUUUUAUAUCUUGUGGGUGAUAAGCUGCAGCUGUUGCAACAUAAGCAUCAAGUGCAUGGAUGAUUUGUUGAAGUGUGCUGUGCUUGUACAAAGACUUUCAUACGUAUUGAUAUAAAUUUCUUCAUAAAGGAUUACUGAUAUAAACUUUCAAGCUCAUUCUUCUUUGUAUUACAUGAAGGUCAAAGCUCCUUUAGCUUUUAAAAAGAUACUAGGAAGCACUAGAGCACGCUAAAUAAUUUACUGCAAUACUUCUUUCUACAAACCAGCUUGAUUUCAGUGCUCGGGAGGUAGACAUGUCA